AUGUGGGUGUUCAUCAGCAUCUUUGGAUCUAACCAUAAGCGUCUCUUGAUGGAUUUCAAACGUGGAAGCAGAAGAUUUUCAGGUAAUUAUAAUGACAAGAAGCAGCUGAACUGUUUUUGUGAGAGCUCUCAAGAGAAGCUCAUUGAUGAGGAUAUCGAUGAACAUGUAGUAGAGACAGAGGUUUGUAAGAAUUCAGUUGAUGAAUCUGAAGAAAGAUUCAGAGAGAUAAUAAAGCGGUUGAUAGCUCAGAAAGAAGGAGAGAUCCAAACAUGCAAGGACUUGUUGGAGGCGUUUCAUGUUUUGGAUUCUAGAGAAGAAUCAUUCCUCAAGAAGAUUUCACAUGAAGAUGCUCAAAGCAUGGUGGGAGAUUCUAAGAGAGUAGAAGAACAACAAGAAGAAGAAAAGCCUGAAGUAGUCUUGAAACAAGAGGCAGUGGUAGUAUCGCACAAGAAAAGUAAAUUCUUCAGCAAGAAAUGGAGAUCAUCACAAGAGAGGAGAGGGAAAACGAUUGUGGUUUUGAAACCUAGUUUGGAUGUUGAUUCUUCUUCAUCUGGACCUUGCAACAAGUCCAAAAACGGUAGUAGAACAUUCUCUCGGUUUCUCAUCGGUUUGAUCAAAAGAAGACUACAAGCUGCUGUUGGAAAGAAGUCAUGUGAUAAGAGCCAAAACUGUUGUUUGCAAGAAGAGAUUCAGAGUAAGAAGCUUUCCGAUGAAGAAGAGCCACCACUGUCAUGUAAUGCUGAUAAAGCUGAUACUACCGACCAGACAAGCGAAGACUCAGAGAAGAUUAUGUCCGGCUUGUAUAUUGCAGCCAAGAGACACUUGUCUGAGAUGCUUGCAAAUGGAGAUAUAGAUGUGAGUUUGCCAGACAAAGAAGUACCAAGAAUCCUUGGGAGGAUUCUCUCUCUCCCUGAGUUCUCUUCACCAACAGAUAGUCCUAGACUCAUCCCUGCGCAUGAUUUGGUUGGCCAUAUUAGCCCUUUAAGCCAAACAACUGAGGAACCAAAGAUUCCGCAAUGCAGUUCAGGUCCAAAUGAUCUCACCGAUGAAGAAGAUUCUGAUAAACAUGAAGACACAUUGUUUACCAUUGAUAUCUCUGUUCCUGAAGGCUGUGAGAAGGAAAUAGAGAAUAUGGACGUGGCAGAGACGAAGACUGAGAUAGAUCCAUUAUCCGAAUAUGUUGAUGAAGAUGUGCUUCAAUUUCAUGAAGAAGACGAGGAAAAGCAAUCAUUGAAUGAGGAAAUGCCAUACCAAGCGCAUUCAUCACCGUCUUCUCCUCCAGAAUCUCCACCGAGUUCUUCAGUAAAGCUGACUGAAUGCCAAGAAACUUCCACUGACGUGCAUGGAGAGUUAAGUCCAGUGUCUGUGCUUGAGCCUCUAUUUACAGAUGAUGACAGUAGCCCAACAACAAGCACGAGAUUCAAUUCAGGUGAAAUGCGGAUACAACCACUCUGUAUAAGAUUCGACGAAGCUGAUUCUCCAAAGCCAGACAAAGCCAACAAUCUCAAAACAAGUAUGGAAGACGACAAGGAAUCAACACUUGCAUACAUUGAAGCCCUAGUGAAAUCCUCAGGUUUAAGCUGGGACGAGCUUUUGACGAGACCCUUUUACUCUGAAGAGCUUCUUGAGCCAGAACUAACAGACGACGACAUAGUUUUCUGUGCUACACAGCUCUGCGACGACAAGAAUCUCCUCUACGACUGUAUCAAUGAAGUUCUUAUGGACUUUUGCCGGAACGAAUUGAAUCCAGGGCCUUGGAUUUCGUUCGUGAAACCUGAGCUCCAUCUAAUCUCAGACAUGGAAAUCGCAGCUAAAGUGGCACAAGAAGGUGUUUACUGGCAUCUUCUACCUUUGCCUUCUCCUCACACUUUAGAUCAGAUUGUGAGAAAAGACAUGGCCAGAACCGGAAGCUGGAUGGAUCUCCGGUUUGAUAUCGGGUGCAUUGGUUCCGGUGCAAGUGAAAUGAUCCUUGAUGAUUUAUUAGAAGAGAUCAUCAGAAGCUGCAGAGACAAUGCAGGACGACCGGAACAUCAACAACCUGUGAUGAGAGACUCUUUAUGUUAA